AUGCCAUCUGAAAAAGCAAUUCGAUUGACCCAUUCCAUCCUGUUCGGAUUGGUCUUAUUGGUAUCUAUCAUAGCGUUGAUCAUAUCGGCAACUCUGGUCGCCCAUUAUAAUCAACAAGGUUAUCCAUCCGAUCACACCGGUGCAUACACCGCCAGAUUGAGGAUACUGUUGGUGGCGAGUGUCUGGACGACGGUCUUUGGUAUCGCACUCACAGUCGGAUUUCAACUCCUCGGUACACACGUCGCUUUCGGUAUCUUGUCACACCUCGUUCCAAUCACCAUAGCAUUCAUAUUAUUCAUGAUUGGUUCAGCAAGUUUAACUGCUCUAGUAGAUAAGAUCGAUUGUGGUAAAGCCGCCGAUAGCUUCUCUAGAUGUGGUGUCGUUAAAGGAUUACUCGUCAUUUCAUGGAUCGAUACAAUCAUCCUUCUUAUCACUUUGGUAUUCAUCAUCACACUCGCUUUCGUUGCUAGAGGUAGAUACGGUGUUCACAAAUCUACCCUUUACGCCGAGUAG